GGUCAGAGUUCACAUCCGCGUUAGCGCUGACGUUGUCCAACAGGAGGAAAAUGGCGAUGGGUUGCUUGUCAGUGAGGGACACUGCUGCAACAUUCACCUGCAAAAGGCGAGGUGCUACAAUGGUCCCAACGUCGGCUGGUGGGUUCAGCAGAAGCGCUCUGUUUGUUUUAUCCGUGGCGUUAAUGUUGCAGGCAGUUUUAGGAGACGGAAAGACUCUCGUUCUGCUGGACAAUCCCAACAUCAGAGACACUCAUUCAAUCUUCUUCCGCAGUUUAGCAGAUCGUGGGUUUGACGUUACCUUCAAGACUGCUGAUGAUCCUGGUCUCUCUCUGAUCAAGUAUGGCCAGUUCCUCUAUGAUCAUCUCAUCAUUUUCUCUCCAUCAGUGGAAGAUUUUGGGGGCAACAUCAGUGUAGAGACCAUUACAGCCUUCAUUGAUGGUGGAGGCAAUGUUCUCGUUGCUGCCAGCUCUGAUAUUGGUGAUCCUCUGAGAGAGCUAGGCAGUGAAUGUGGGAUUGAAUUUGAUGAGGAGAAAACUGCUGUUAUUGAUCACCAUAACUAUGACGUUUCUGAUCCUGGUGAGGCCAAAAAGAUGAGUGGAAAAUACAGUGUACAGUUCAAGCUUCCAGAUGUGUAUGGAGUUUUCCAGUUCAAAGUUGACUACAACAGACUUGGCUACACACACCUGUACUCUUCAACCCAGGUUUCUGUCCGCCCCUUGCAGCAUACCCAAUAUGAGCGCUUCAUCCCCUCUGCCUUUCCAUAUUAUGCCAGUGCCUUCUCUAUGAUGGCAGGACUCUUUGUUUUCAGUGUGGUCUUUCUACAUAUGAGAGAAAAAGAGAAGUCUGAUUAAAAUGAGAAUCAGUGAGGAGCAGUGCAAGAAAAUGUAAAAACAAAAAUGGUCUUCAGACCUCUGGCAGUCAUGAAUAGAGAUCUGAAAUAUGUUGGUAUUGUCUUGUUUUGGUGAGUUGGAGAUUGUGCCAUUACAACAAAAAGCAACGUUUGUAAAAAAAAAUUUAUUUGAAGGGGGUGUUGGUUAGUCUAACAAGAUAUGUUUUUGUUUUCUGGUUUGCCAACUGGUAAUUUAAAGUGAUUUGGAGCACACGUCAUGUUUUAUUUGUUCAAAAGGCAACUUGAAUUGGUUUUAUGAUACAACAUGCACUGAUGGUUUAGCUCUUGCUAUGAAAAUUUUUGUUUUGAAAUCUACCAUUUGUAAAAAGAGGAAUGGAUUCUCAAAAUGUGGUUGAAAUACCUGAAUUCAGUAAAGUUUUAACGUUCCACCACUAAA